GGAGAAUUGUUUUACGGGCGAGACGUCUAUUGGUCUAAACGUAUGUUGGCAACUUCGCUAACAUUAUUUUUGUUUUUAGUGAGAGAAAGACAUAUUAUUGAAUAUGAAUGUGGUAUUGGCAGUGAAGCAGUAUGUUGCCAAAAUGAUAGAGGAAAGUGGUCCAGGCAUGAAGGUACUCCUGAUGGACAAAGAAACGAUCAGCUUUGUAACCAUGGUGUAUGCCCAGUCUGAGAUCCUACAGAAGGAGGUCUAUCUCUUUGAGCGAUUAGACUCUGCCAACAGGGAGGUCAUGAAACAUCUACGAUGCAUAUGUUACAUCAGACCCAAGAGGGAGAACAUUGAAAUGCUGUGUAAUGAGUUGAGAAAUCCCAAAUAUGCUGUAUACUUCAUUUACUUCAGUAAUGUUGUCAGCAAAAGUGAUGUCAAAUUGCUCGCAGAAGCAGAUGAACAAGAAGUAGUUCGGGAAGUUCAGGAAUUCUAUGGAGACUAUAUAGCCAUCUGCCCCCAUGUAUUUUCAUUCAACAUUACUGGUACAGCAAGAGGCAUGCGAUGGGACCCCCCAGUCCUGAACCGUGUUUGUGCUGGACUGACCUCGGUGCUCCUCUCACUCAAGAAGUGCCCCAUGAUCAGGUAUCAGAACUCCUCAGAGAUGGCCAAGAGACUUGCAGAAACUGUCAGGCAAGUAAUAUCCAAGGAUGCUGGUUUGUUUGACUUCAAGAGAACAGAUGUUGCACCAGUCUUGCUCAUCUUAGAUCGAAGAGGAGAUGCAGUCACGCCGCUCCUCAACCAAUGGACGUACGAGGCCAUGGUUCAUGAGCUCCUAGGGAUAAGGAACAAACGCAUCGAUCUCUCCGAAGUACCAGGCGUGACCAAAGACUUACAGGAGGUAGUGCUUUCGGCAGAGCAGGAUGAAUUCUAUGCCAAUAAUCUGUAUAACAACUAUGGAGAGAUCUGUACCAGGAUCAAAGAACUCAUGGAAGAAUUCCAGAAGAAAUCUCAGAGUCAGAAGAAAAUUGAAUCCAUUGCCGACAUGAAGGCAUUUGUAGAGAAUUACCCUCAGUUCAAGAAGAUGUCCGGUACAGUGGCCAAGCAUGUGACGGUCGUCCAGGAGUUGUCCAGGCAGGUCAGAGCAUACAAUCUUCUAGAGGUGUCAGAGGUGGAGCAGGAGCUAGCAUGCCAGUCAGAUCACAACGAAGCUCUCAAGAGAAUCCGUACGUUACUAGGGAGUGACAAGGUCCGAGAUCUGGACGCAUGCCGGUUAGUCGCCCUCUACGGCCUGAGAUAUGAGCGUCACCAAAACAACAACACUGUUGGACUGAUGGAGAUGUUGAGGCGGAGAGGAGUCGGUGAUAAGCACAGAAUGCUUGUGAAGUCUAUCAUACAGUAUGGAGGAGAGAAAUCAAGAGGAACCGAUCUGUUUGGUCAAGACAAUCCUAUGUCAAGGACUAGAAGAUUCUUCAAGGGGCUCAAGGAUGUAGAGAAUAUCUACACACAGCACAGACCGCUGAUCUACGAGACGCUUGACCAGCUCUUCAAAGGCAAGCUGAAGGAGGGAGCCUACCCGUACCUAGGCAGCAGCCAACUCAGAGAUAGGCCCCAAGAUGUUGUAGCGUUCAUGAUUGGAGGGGUUACAUAUGAAGAGUGUCUUGCCAUCUACAACCUGAACAGGGCUACACCUGGUAUUAGAGUCAUCCUAGGGGGUACCACAGUACACAACUUUGAAAGUUUCUUGGAGGAAGUAUCAUCGACAGGCAUAGAGUCACCCUACUGAAGAGAAGCCUUGUUUCAAAGAACUGCAAGAUUCUCAAAGGACUCUCUUAGACAUUCUGCCAGUACAUAUUGAACUCUUAACACUUGCUUUGAAGUGAGCUGUAGAUCGCCACAUUCUCUAGAGUAUAAAUAGAGAUACUAUAUAUGUAUGACAAAAGGCAACUUUGGCAGUCCAUUGUUUGUUCCUUUCGUCAACGGAAGCCUGUAAAGAUUUAAGUGGUGAUGGUCGUGUGCAGUUCUUACAUUCCCCCAAGCUGCAAGAAGUACAGGUACCCUUGUAAUGCGUAAUACUGAUACUUUGGUGAGUACAUAAAUGCUAUCACGAACUGACUGAAAUAAGUCUCACUAGAUAAUUUUAUGAUUAUUCAUGCCUCUGCCACAAAGAAUUGCGUUUUAAUUGUGAUGUUUUAUGUGUUGUCCUUUUGCCCAUUCUUGUUGCAACACCUCAGUAAUGAACUGACAAGAAGACUUCAAAUUUAUUUAAGUGCUUUAGUUGUAAACUGCAAUGUAAUUGUAGAACUGUAUAUGUGUUUGUUGUAACAGUAAAUUAUAACAUGAGAAUUUGGACAGGAAGCAUUAGAGUUUUUGUCAGCAAAUUUAUUAAUAUUUUGUUGAUGUACCUAGGUAGGGAAUUUGGUUGUUUUCAAUGGGUCUUGUUUUGUUUUUCCAGACAAAUAAAUCAUUUAUUUAUAUAUCUAUAACUGCAGCUUAUCUAUAACAUUAUCAUAUGAAAUAUGUCACUUGGAUUCAUACCCAAGUCAAGGCCAGCAAGCUGUUCUUCACUAGAUAAACUCAUAUAUUUCCCUUCAAAAUUAUUGCUGUUGUAAAUUUCAAGUUGCAUGUAAUGUUACAUAAUCUGUGCGUUCAAAGACGCUAUCAACCCGAUAGCAAGUACUUUAGAAAAAAUCAACCUAAGGUAAUUUUAAUAGCCUUGUUCACACCUACUGAAAUGUGUGAACAUGACAAUGAUGUAUAAUGUGAUCUGAACAUGAUUACUAUAGGACAUACAUAAGGGUAUUGAAAUUGCUAUUGAGUUGAUUUUUCAAGAAUAGUUGCAAUCGUAUUCAUUAUAACAGGACGAGUUUGAGGGUCUUAGUAAUGGUAGAUAACUCAGGAUAAUAUAGAGUUGGCAGUCUGGUUUGUUAUGGUAGACAUGUUAUUUAUUCAACUAUGACGGAUACCGGAUCUUGGAUAUUGCAUAUCAUACAUGCCAAAGAUUAUAACAUUGAUCAAGUCUAGGACUAUUAAUAUGAUGAAUUUACUAUUGCACUUUUGUAUAAUUGCAUAUCACGUAUGUCUCUAUGUGCAUUCAAAGUACACUGAAAAAUGCUUAUAAAAAUCUUUCUCUUUUUGGAUUUGGCAAUCAAAUAAUUCAGUCACAAGAUAAAGCAGUUAGAAUAUGAUGUACUUACUAUUUCACAUUCAUUAAAUUCAGUAAAUAGUAUUUAGGUGUCGGUGAUAGUGGACAUAAUUCCAUUUUCGGUGAAUAAUAUGUAAUUAUUGAA